AUGCUUCAAAUGGAGCAAUCGUGGCAUGUUGUUGCUAUCCAAGAUCCGCCUCCUGAGAUAAUAUGGUCUCUCUCAGAGGUUCGACGCACACAUCAUCUUUGGUAUCAAUCUCUAAGAUUCGUAACCGAGAACGACCAUAGAAUGCUCCGCGAGGAUGGAGCGGCUGCACCUCAACUCCAAGCAAAGGUUGCCUUUCUCGUCUCUCGUGAGAUUCCUGAGACAGAUUGGCGUGUAACUGUACCUGAUUGGGGUAACAACAUGUUGGCAACUCUUUUGCUAAAUGGGCCUUUCGGCGUCAUAAACAUUCACAACAUUUACAGAAUUGACCCCAUCGAUAAAACCAGGCGGCUUGAUAUGGUUGAGCUUGUUGGAAAUUGCUAUUCACGGCCAAAUCGAAAACUUGGUCUGUGGUUCUGUUGGGAUAGGGCAAAAAAAGAGGAGUAUUGCAAAAUGGUGGCCGAUGGCUUGGAGGCACUAUCUGUGCCGAAUUUAGAUGAACCCGACGGCAUCGACAUUCAUCUCUCUCUCAUCACUAAAGUAUUAGUGAAAGCUGUGAGCAAAACAGUUCCAGCCAGUCUCACUUGCAAGCUUCCUCGCCCGAUGGGGAGACCUCAGCAGGGCAAGAAAAAGGAGUCUCAGGACGAUAAGACAAAAGAGCCUCAGGAAGAAAAGGUAAUGGAGCCUCGGGCAGAAAAGGCAACAGAGCUUCAAGAGGAAAGGGGGGACGAGCAUCGGAUCCAGCCGGCUUAUAAAGAGGCCCCCUUUGAGCCAUUGUCAAAUCCCACGAUUUGGAAUCUUUCAAAGCAACCCAAGCGCAGAGCAAAGCCUGCAGAUUUACCGUACACUCCCGACUUUCAAUUCUCCGGCAAAUGCGCAACAACCGGCAAAGAAAAGAGCAUCAUGUACAUGGACGCCAUAUAUGGCCAGGGGAAGACGAGCAAGACAUCUUCUACGCAUCCGCGGCUUCCUGAAAAUCUCGACUGCAUCGUGCCGGCUGAGAGCAAGUUGGCUCUGGGAGAUCAAGGCCCCAUUGCUCGCCAGGGAGAGGUUUCAGCUCUCAUCGCGGCGUUACCAACCAAGAAGUCGGCCGGAAUUGACAUUCUUGACAACGAAGCACUUAUUAUGGCCAGAGAAAUCAUUUCGCCGUAUCUUGAAAAGGUCUUUAACGGCUGCAUAGAAAACUGCUACUAUCUAACCUACUGCAAGCUGUCAAAGACUACAUACAUAUACUUCAUACCGUAUUUCCAAAACCCAAGAAAGCGGCCAACAACCAAAAGUCGUAUCGUCCAAUUGCUCUUCUUUCAAAUAUGGGCAAAGUCCUUGAGCGAUUAA